AUGGGGAGCGCAUUAGGAAAAUUAUGUUCAACAACCAAAGUUGCAGCUGUUGGUUCAGUUCUCGAUCGAGUGAUAUCUCAACCAAGCACUGAAGAUCACACAGUUUUGUACAAACUAGCUGAUUAUAAAAAGGCAGGUGGUAUUUUACUAGAAACAUAUGCAAAGGGCGGCAUGGUAGCUGCAGAAAAACUGAUCCGUGAGGAGUUCUCUGGCUAUAUGUACGCUGCUGGACGGGGUAGAGUCAUAAAUCGGGCGGAAUACCUUCGGUGGAAAUUCAGAGAACAGGAGCAGGUAGUGCUACCAAUAGAAGCCUCUCUUUCGCCUCACGAUCCUUUAGCGAAGUGGGAGGAUCACACAGCCUGUUGGCAAAUGAGCUAUCGGGGUGCACUCGGAGAAUCUCUUUUACAUGUACUCAUUAUUUGUGAUACUAAGAUACAUACACGAUUGGCAAGGACAUUAGUGAAAUGUUUUCCGAAACUGUCACUCGAUGUUGUGGAAGGUGAAGAAUAUUUAGGCGCCAGUUCGCUUCAUCUUGCAAUUGCUUAUAGCAAUAACGAGUUGGUGCAAGACCUCGUGGAGGCCGGAGCGGAUGUCAACCAACGAGCUAUUGGCAGUUUCUUCCUACCACGAGACCAACAGCGGAUACCACCUUCUCGUCAAACCAACUACGAAGGUCUAGCAUACCUUGGCGAGUACCCGUUGGCUUGGGCAGCUUGUUGCGCCAACGAGGCUGUCUACAAUCUACUUUUGGACUCGGACGCUGAUCCAGAUGCCCAAGAUUCCUUUGGGAAUAUGAUCCUUCAUAUGGUCGUCGUUUGCGAUAAAUUGGACAUGUUCGGCUACGCCCUUCGUCACCCAAAGGUACCGGCGAGUAAUGGGAGACAGAACGAUGCGGGUUUCACUCCUCUUACCCUGGCCUGCCAACUGGGUAGAGCCUCCGUGUUUAGGGAAAUGCUGGAACUGUCUUCCAGAGAAUUCUGGAGAUACUCAAAUAUAACCUGCUCUGCGUAUCCAUUAAACGCGUUGGAUACUUUAUUGCCGGAUGGACGGACAAAUUGGAAUUCAGCCCUAUUCAUAAUUCUAAAUGGUACAAAACAAGAACAUCUGAACAUGUUAGAUGGAGGGAUCAUACAAAGACUCCUUGAAGAGAAAUGGAAAACAUUUGCAAGGAAAAAGUUUCUUAAACGUCUCAUGAUACUAAUGUUGCACCUGCUACUUCUAUCUGUAUCGGUCUACCUCCGCCACAGUAGCGUCGAAGCUGACUCCUACCCUGACUGGGGUCUGGAAGUCACAGACGCUAGAAGUGGUAUACGACUUGCCUGUGAAUUGGGAACGAUAUUGAGUACGUUAUGCUAUAUAAUACUGCAGCAGGGAGAUGAGAUCAAGAACCAGGGAGUCAUAGCGUAUUUCAAGCAAUUGAUACACGAACCGGCAAAAUUUAUUUUCCUUGCAUCAAAUUUGUUACUCCUAGCAUGUAUUCCAGCUCGGUUCAGUAGACAAACAAUGUUAGAAGAGGCGAUACUAAUAUUUGUGCUACCAGGGUCCUGGUUUCUACUUAUGUUCUUUGCAGGAGCCGUAAAAUUGACGGGUCCUUUCGUGACAAUGAUAUAUAGUAUGAUCACUGGAGACAUGUUCACGUUUGGUAUUAUAUAUUGCAUUAUUCUGUUUGGAUUCUCGCAAUCGUUUUUCUUUUUGUAUAAAGGAUUUCCAAAUGUUCAGUCAACGCUGUACUCAAGUUACCCCAGCACUUGGAUGGCUCUAUUCCAAAUAACCCUGGGAGAUUAUAGUUACUCCGAGCUGGGGCAGACAAUCUACCCAAAUCUAUCAAAGACGGUCUUCGCUGUGUUCAUGGUGUUUGUGCCGAUUCUACUCCUUAACAUGCUGAUCGCCAUGAUGGGAAAUACUUAUGCACACGUGAUAGAACAGUCGGAGAAGGAGUGGGUGAAACAGUGGGCAAAAAUAGUUGUAUCCCUAGAGCGGUCCGUAGCCCAGGAAGAUGCUCAUAAAUACCUUCAGGAGUACUCAAUUGGACUGGGACCUUCAGAUGACCCAAGGUACGAGCAGAGAGGGGUCAUGGUAAUCAAGAGUAAGGCUAAAACCAGAGCUAAGCAACGAAAGGGCGCUCUUGCAAAUUGGAAGCGGGUAGGUAAAGUGACGAUAGCGGAGUUAAGAAAACGUGGUAUCACCGGUGAGGAACUCCGAAGGCUAAUGUGGGGUCGUGUCUCUAUCUCUACACCUACUAAGCAAAAGACCACUGUACCACCACCGGAAGUGGUACAAGAGGCAGCGGGGGUUGGAGGCGUAGCGCUUUCUUCGGCGUACUCUGCUAUGGCCUUUGCGCAAGACCUUGAUUUGACUAACACUGGUGCGGAGGCAAUGCAACAGCCCCCGGACAUCUUGGUGAAUGGACUCCAGAAACAAAGCAAGGCAACAACCCAAAUCUAUCAAACUCAACCGAAAGUAGACGCAAAUCUGCCAACAGCACCUAAUAAUCAGAACUACCUGGGCAUUGAUCUUCAAGCUGAAUUCUUGAAGACUCAAGAGAUCAAAAGUCCACCUGCAGAAGUAUUCCCUGACUACAUGAUGGAAUUGGUGACACGGUCAGAAGAAGGUCCCAGCUCGCCUGACUUGAGGACCCUCGCGGAAAAGGCGGCGGAGCUAAACGGUAUUCCGGAAAUAGAUGUCACUGUUUCCACGGGAGUUAAAUCCUCCCGCCUAGUCGUAGCUGGAGCAGUCUCUGGUCUCUUCGGAGUGGCUGCUGACCAGCCUCCUCCUGAUAGCGGCUGGAAAAGGGAGAGACAGGAACAGACAGAUAGUGAUCCUAUAUCUGACAGUGCAGUAUUGGGUCGUGCAUGUCGUGCUAAACGCGCACGAACUGCGUCCAGACGCGCUGCGCCUCCACCGCCUCACCUUUACGUGCCAGCACGGUCAAUGUAUUUCGUCGCUUCCGAGAGCAGCGCCGUUGAAAGUGAUGCACCCUGGGAGGAACCACAAAUUAAUAAUACUAACUCCGCCAACAUAAACCACCGAGAUAUGGAAAUUAAAACGAAUAGACCGAUUUGUAUUCAAUACGCCACGGGACGAGCACAAGUAGAACAUUCUCUCUUUAUACAAGGGGCCGGAAGUGACGCAGACGUUGAAAGCGCUCCACCCCCGAGGAAACCGGAAGCACGUAGAAUCCGCCCUAAAACAGCUCGACCGCGACGAAAUAGGUUAAUAAUAUCCCCGGUGCCUGCACCUGGUAGUCCAUUAACGCCGUGGGCAACAGCGCCUUUGUCUAAACUCACCCGACUUAUGCAUUCAGCCAGUCUCACUUCUUAUUCUUCACAAAGCUCUUCAGGAUCACCAAGAUAUUAA